AGAGUACUAUUGUAGAACGGUUGGAGCCUACAAGGGUGAGAUUUUGUGUAACAAGUUGUUGACCAAACGUGACCAAGUAGCAAGUGAAAAAAUUAUCAGUUGUGAUAUUUACUCCACUACCGCUCAAGCAGCAUCUAUAGUUUAUAAAAAUGUUUAUUUGUCAACGAAAGCCACAGAGCAUCAAGAGCACCUACUUCGUCUAUAACGAAAACUAAGUUUCUCUUAGAUCAACAAUAAUGAGUGACAAUUGAAGGCUGUCAAAGAGUAACUACUUUUCGAAGUCUCCCAAUCUUGGUUACUCUGUGGUGCCGACUGACAUUUCUUGGUUGGCGUAGGAUUUAAGCGUCCGCCGUUUCAUUGUGGACUUUCACAUUGUGACACGACUUUUUUGUGGCAGUAAAACAAGCUUUGAAGUUCGACUUUUACUGUUUAGAAGAUUCACGGUGACUAUACGUAUCAAAUGCCAAAAAUACGAGAAUUCUGUUUCUGUUAUUUAUAAGGUUCAUGCAGACAUCAAUGUUAAUGUUUAUAAGCUGUUAAAUUUGUAUUAUUUAGUUGACCAAAAUGUGCUCUAAGCCCCGCUCACCGCCAAAGCGCGUUACAUUUGAAUUGCCGAAUGAAAAUGUUGAUGCUGCAGUAAGUACUUCUACUGAAAAUGAACAGCGAGCAACAUUAGAGAAUUCUAAUGCUUCUCGGUGCAUUAUUCAAGAAAAGUCAAAUACUUUGAAGAAAAGCACAGCUGUAAAAAAAGUAUUUGUUCGUCAUACUGAGUUGGAGUUGCCUUCCAGUAAAGUGGUUUCAAAAAUUCCUGAAGAAGUUCAGUUGUCAGAAAGCAUUGAAUCCAGUUUGGAUGCAGCAAGUGCAUAUAAAGCUAGAUAUGCGGUGCCUGAAUUGUUUAGUGCUUUAUGCAUUGCAAAGGAAUUUCAAGAAAGAAAAGAACCCAAAAGUAUGAAAUGUGCACCAAUUCCAGCUGCAGUAAAACACAUUAUGGAAGGGAAGGCAUCAAGCAAACUCAAUUUUUAUCCUGAGGAACAGAUAUUCAAAGAUCUUGUAAACUUGAAUGUCAAUGAGGAGAUGCUUCUUGGGGCAGCUGAAGAACGAACAACUACUUGGAAAUUACCAAAAGAUGAGGAGCCUAAACUAUCUGAUUUCUAUCAACCAAAGUUUGUGGGUGAAUACACAUCUGCGUCUGAACCUUCUCUCAGUGCUAUUGGGAAAAUUCGAAAUUACAAUGGGUUUUCCACUUACAAAAGACGAAUGGCUUGGACUUUAACAGAUGUUCCAUGAAUCUUUCCAGUUUUAUUUCUUGAAAGGAAAUUAAUCAUCUGUUUUAAGAAUUACAUGAAAUUAAUAUAUUUUUUGGUGUGAUGUUCUUCCUCAUCGAAGAGUGAAAUUGGUGAAGACUAACAUUAUUAAAUUUAAAAUCUCUUGCAAUAAUAACUGGACAUUUUCUCCUAAAAUUUAAGUGUGUUAAAAAAGUGCAUGUUAUUUAUUUUUUUAUUGGUGUGAAUCUUCCUAUUAAAUAUAAUUAUCAUUGUAUGUAAAUUAAUUAUAUCAAGUUUUAGUUCUGUGGUAGUAUUCCUGUUUUAAAUUAUUUUCUGAUUUUUCAUAAAAUGAGGGUAUGUUUACAACUAUAAAUCUAGGUAAUGUUAAAUUAAUAUAGAAUUUAUUUUUCAUUGUUAAUUUUACAUGUGAGAUUAUCUUCAAUAAAAUUUAUAACUUAUAUACACUCAUUUUACACACUGAGACACAAUAUCAGUUGUACUAAAUCUUAAAACUAAUUUUGCAAACCAUUUUAUCU